AUGCAGGCGCUCCAGCUCGCACUGCUCGUUGGAUCUUCUGAUUAAGCUCACCAGCGUGAUCGAGGUCUCCGCCAAGAAAGGUGUGACGGAGCGUGAUCUCCGAGGCCGGCUGAUGGACCAAAUAAAAUCGACUACCAGAUUCAGUAGGCAAGUUAUCGAGUUUCGUAACCCUAUAUUUGUCGACGAAUAUGAUUCUCGCAGCGUGAUCUCCGAGGGCAGCAGUGGCUGAAGAAGACGAUCUCUAGUUUAUGGAGUCUUUGUCUCAAGGAAAUAUGACAGCGUUCGUUAAUUCCUGAAAAUGUGAUUUAUUUAUUUUUUCUCAAUUUUAUUCUGAAAUCUACAGAAAUUGGAAUAUAAAUUUUGCCUGACGUGGCAGACACGUGACAGCCGCUCCAACAAUAUACGUUGUGUCACUAUUACAUGAUAUAACGGAUAGUAUUGGCGUUAAAAAUUAGGAUUGUCGUUUUCUUUCUUUUUUCAACAUUAAAAAUUAGAAUUUUUUUCACUACUAUAAAGUUGGUGUUAUCUACACACGAUAUAAUAGCACACCGAGGAAAACUAUUGCUCCAUUUCAAAUUUUCUACAAGGAGAGUGAAAGUAGGAAGAAUAUUUUGGUCUUCACAAUCAUCUAUAUUUUUUAUUCAUAUAAAAUAGACACAUAGUGGUAUUCUAACCAUGGUCAAAUUAAAGAAAAGCAAGGAUCAUAUCCAAUCACACUAAGUAUAUUUGUUGCAUCUUUUUAAAUUAAACCUAUAUGUCGCAACCGUCCCUCCGGGGGUCCAUCGGGGUCGCGUUUGCUUUUUGGGAGUCGCCAUCGAUCUUAUUUGGAGUGGAUCGAACACUCUUCUGUCGGCUCUAACUUUAGGGUCUGAACCGAUAUAUGGUCUGCGGUUAAGAGAUUCGGAUUCAGGAGUACGGUUACGUGUGGGGAAGUGAAAUCACACCCCACAAUGCCCUAAUUCGGUACUACUUAAGUCGAUAAAUUUUUAUACGAAAUGGGUGUAUUUUUAGUAAUAACUUUGUAAUUUUAAGGUCCCACUGGACCAUAAAAUAAUUUAAUCGUAUUAGUUAUAAUUUAUUUAUACGCCCAUUGACGUAAAAAAUUAAAAGAGAACGUUAAUUGGUUAGUUGGACUCGAACCGCUCAUCGGUUUCCUACGUACCCGUAAUACGGGAUCAAAGUCCACGUAGUUCGUUUGGAACCUUGAUAAUUUUAUUUAUAACUUUUACCACGUUCCACUGAACGUAAUUCUCGUAUUAUAAUUUUGUUAAUAAAACUUCAUUUAGAUUAUUAUGAGGUUAUGACAAUAAAUGCAAGGAUUUUAGUUAUUAGAAAGUAUUUUGAUGUAUUGGAAAAGAAACGAGAUAAACUUAAUCCGCAUUCAACAUUUCGUAUUAAGAAUUUCAAACAAAUAAAAUUAAACGGGAUGACUAUGUUUACACAUGAUGGCUGGUAGCCCAACUGGUCUGCUCGUUGGAUAUAAUUCGUGUGCAGUUUUUCCUUUUUUUUAUUCUGAGACAGAUAAAAGGGGGUUGUUUUGUAAUUUCUCAAAAAGACGGUGGCAGGUCCAAAUAAAUCACUAAGAACCCUAUGGGCGAUUUAGUCGUUUUAACAAAUUAGGUAUAUAAGGUGUCUUAAAGCGAAAAAAAAUCCUAACCUAAACAUUCACAAACGGCGCCUUCUUCCACGCCUCUCUGGCUCUCUCUCGAUUUUCCUCUGUUCUUCAAAAGAAAGAACCCAAAAACCCUAGCUAAGCGCCGCCUCUCUCUCACCUCUCCUUCGCCAAAAACGGCGAUCUUCUCCUCUGCUCUCUCACUCACCUCUCAUCUUCUAUAGAGAAAAAAAAAACCUAGGCGCCUCCACAAAGAUCGAACAGCGGCCUCUCUCUCUCUCUCUCUAUCCGCUGUCGCUCUGGAAUUUGGUCGGGAAUCCUAGUCGACCGUGAUGGGGAAAUCGAUCCCGGUAAGAAACUCGAUCCAGCAGCAAUUUUGUUGUUUUUUUUGUUCUGAGACAGAUAAAAGGGGUAGUUUUGUAAUUUCUCAGAAAGAUGGUGGCAGGGCCAAGUAAAUCGCUAAGAACCCUAGGGCCGAUUUAGUCAUUUUAACAAAUUAGGUAUAUAAGGUCUCUUAAUGCAAACAAAAACCCUAACCUAAACAAACCCAAACAGCGCCUUCUUCCUCGCCUCUCUGUCUCUCUCUCGAUUCUCCUUUGUUCUUCAAAAGAGAGAACCCAAAAACCCUAGCUAAGCGUCGCCUCUCUCUCACCUCUCCUUCGCCAAAAACGACGAUCCUCUCCUCUCCUCUCUCACUCACCUCUCAUCUUCUCCAGAGAAAAAAAAACCUAGCCGCCUCCACAAAGAUCGAACGGCGGCCUCUCUCUCUCUCUCUAUCCGCCGUCGCUCUGGAAUAUGGUCGGGAAUCCAAGUCGACCGUGAAGGGGAAAUCGAUCCAGGUAAGAAACUCGGCAUGCAUGCUUCCUGGUUUCUAGCUUUUCUAAUUUUUCAUUUGGAUUCUACUAAAUUUCUUUUUGUUUCUUUUUUAUUUUGGCAAAAUACACUUGGAUAGCCAUAACUAUCCACUUUUUGCCAACAAUAGCCACUUUUUGAAAAAUACACAGAAAUAGCCAAUCCGUCCAAAACUUUAACGGAUUAUAUGUGAAUGCUGACUGGACUAACAAAUUUAGCUGAUGUGGCAUGUUUUCACCAAAAAUUGUCCAGGUGGAAAAAACCCUUUUUGAAUUAAUUAAAAAAUAAAAUUAGACUAAAACUAAAAAAAUAAAAAACAUCUCCCCACCUAACAUCUUCGUCUUCCUCUCUCCCCAGAUCCCUUCCAUCAUCAAGCAACAAAGCUACAAUAUCCCAUAACCAUCGUUUCUCCGCCCAAACCACCACCAAUUGAAGAUCCAGAUCCCGACUCAUCUCGUUCAACUACUUCCCUGGCCAAUUUCGACCCCGCCCUCAAAAUCCCCAAUUUUGAUCGACCUUAUUUUUGUCGGAGAAUCCCUAAGGUUCACAGAAUUGAGACCUGCCAAUCGAAAUCCCCAACUCCGUUCAACUCUCUUCCCAUUAAAAUGACGUUGUUCAUUCGCCCAUUUCACCUCCAGCUCUUCUCUUCAUCCGCGCCAACGAGAUCUAGUCAUGGUCCGCUGCCUCUCUAACCAGGGAGCUGCCGUCGUCGACAAACCCAAGUUGCUUCUCUCUAACAGAGUCUCCAACUCCAGCUUGUUUCUCUCCUGGUACCAUCAAAAAACCCGGUUGCUUCUCGCCAGAGGACCAUUGAUGAAGGCUCGCGGUCACCGUUUCCUGAUUUUGCGAUGAGAAGAAAACAAGGAUUGAGUAGCAGGAGUGCUCAACAGAUUGGGGAAGGAAGAUGUAUUUUGCCUUUUGAUUUCCGGAGAAAUCAUCCCAAACCGUGGGGGCUUCUCAAUCUACCUCCUACUACUCUCGAUUUACUCUUUGGCGAAAGGGGAAAACAGGGAGGAGACCGCUGGCGGCGACAACCAGACCAAGGGAUGGUCGACGGAGGUCGCUGGAUUGAUGGCGGCGAAGACAGGGAGAAAGCCGGCUAGAGCUAUUUGGCAUCGGUAAGUUUUUUUUUCUUUGAUUUCCUUGGGUUUACUACGAAUUUGUAACUUGAGGUUGACCUCUAUUUUGUUUUGGUGGUGGUUCUUAAUCCGAAAUUAAUGUAGGUGAGCCUUUUUUAAAACUUAGAUUAUUUGGCUAAGAUACUUAAAUUAAACGAAAAGAUUAAGACAUUGUUUGGUCUAUUACUUUGGAUUUGACGGAUCUUAGAUAGAUUUGAGUUCUGGACUCUUUAAAUUUUUUAUAUGCGUUUGGGUUGCAAUUUUAGGUAGAUCUGGGUUUUUUAUGAGCAUUGAUUUGCUAGAGGAUAGCAAUUAACUAUAACUAAUUAAUUUAUAUUUUGUAUAAUUUGUGAGAUCUGGUUUGUUGGCGAGAAUGCUGAUUUUUGGUGAGUUAGGAAAUGAUUUACAGAUUUGACUUUUGGUAAAAUCGGUUGUUUUGUAUGCUUUGGACUCUUAAUAUGCAAAUCAGUUUCAUAAAAAAUGCAAUUAGUUUUAUUUGUAAUAUGCUAAAUCAUUAAUUAUCACAGCCACUGCUUGUGAUUCUAUUCGACUAAUGACUACAAAUCGUAGCUAUUGCUCGUAGUCAACCUAGUUAUUCUGCUAACUUGAAGAUUCGUUAGUAUAUACUAACUAAUAUCCAAAAUGUAUGGUAUAGUAUCUAAGUCUGCUAAGUCUAGAUAGCACAGACUAGUAUUCAAAACAUCACAAACUAGUAUCCGGAUAGCAGAUACAAACUAAUAUCCACAAUCAACCAACUAGUAUUCAAAAUGGAUACUCUUAUGGGUUAUCUUAAUACUCUUAUGGGUUGUCUUGAUACUCUUAUGUGUUAUCUGGAUACUAAUUAUGAGCUGUUUGGAUACUAUUUUGUGUUGUCUAGAUAUUAGUUUGUGAAUUUUGGAUAAUCACUACAACAAAUUCGGCCUGUUAUGACGGGGCUCUUUCGUCAUAUUAGAUACCUAUUUUGUCAUACUUGCCCUAAUAUGACAAAGGUGUUUGUCACAAAGUUUUGUCAUUUUAUCGCCGUCAAGAUAGGUCAAAUGUGACAAAAUUUUGAAAGACAUUUGUCACAAAUACUUCCGUUACAUAUGAGGUUCUGGUUAGUCUAUUGUGACAAACAAAGAUAAUAUGACGAAAACAUUUUGUCUUUAUUUUUGUCAUAUAUUGAUACUUUUGAGAAAUUAGUUGGUCAUAUUAGACGAUCAUAGUUUGUCAUAACAGUAUUUUGUGACGAAUAAUAUUUGUCAUGAGAGGUUCAUAAUUUUUCAGAAUCCUAAUAUGACAAAUCCGAUUUUUGUCAGGAAAUGUUUAUAAUGUGACAAACUGAAUAGUUUGUCAACAUGUUUUGUCAUAAAUUGAAGGCAUAUUACUAGGUUUAUACUCUUCCAUCACAUUGUUGUGACUAAAUUAUUUUGUCAUAAAUUAUGUUGUGAUGAAUAUCCUUUGUCAUAAAUGCGUAUCUGACGA